CCUGUCAAACGCACGACGAAAACACCGCCGGUAGUUUUCGGAGGGCACCGCUGUUAGGUAACCAGCUUUACUCCGCGUCCCGAACCGAACCUCGGAUUGGAUUCUGAACCUGCUGCGGAUCCCGCAGCCCCGCCAGGUCGCGUCCGAACCCAGGAGGAUGGUCUUCCAGCUCGCGCCUCUCCGCGGAACAGCGCCUCCCUCCUCCACUUUCUGUCGCGUCUCUCUUGUCUUAUAAACCCAGCCGCUCGUCAACUCCGGAGCCCCCCGUCCCGGCGUCGCCUCCUCCCCCCCCCCCACCUUCAGCCCGCCGGGUGAAGUGAGCGGAGGAACGAGAGGAGCAGGACGGAGCGGAACCGGCCCAUCUCCGCCUUCCGAGAGUUCUCCGGCCUCCCCGUGGACCCUCUCUCUGGUCCCUCGGGCGGAUUCUCCCUCGCGCCCACCACACCGCCGGCAGCAUGCCGAUCAUCAGCAAUGCCAACCACGACUUCAGCACCUACUCCAUCAGCAGCGACGACAGCAGCCUCGACCGCUUCUUCACAGAAAUCCCCGAGACCGAGACGGUCAAAGGCGCGUACUUCCAGCGCGCUCAACGGCUGCCAGACCGCCAGGCGUCGUACGUGGUCGACCGCACCCUGCAGGUCCUCGUCAACGUGGGGGGGAACCGCUACACCUUCCCCUGGAGCACCUUGGAGCGAUUCCCCCAGAGCCGCCUGGGCCGCCUGCGCUCCUGCACCACCCCGGAGGAGAUCGCGCGGCUCUGCGACGACUACGACGAGACGCGGCAGGAGUUCUUCUUCGACCGCAACCCCAUGGCCUUCCGGGUCAUCCUCAACUUCCUAGCGGCGGGGAAGCUCCGCCUCCUACGGGAGUUGUGCGCCGUGUCGCUGCACGACGAACUGGACUACUGGGGCGUUGACCCGGUUCACAUGGAGCGCUGCUGCCGCCGGCGCCUGAUCACGCGUGUGGAGGAGGUGGCGGAGCGAGAGCGUAAAGAGGAGGAGUGGAGGAGGAGGAGGAUGGAGCUGAAAAAAGACCCCUUGGAAGUUGAGGUGGGGUACCGCCGCGUGAUCCAGAUCCUGAGGGAGGUGGUGGAAAACCCUCAUUCCGGUUUGGCAGGGAAGCUGUUCGCCUGCCUGUCCGUCGUCAUGGUGACCAUCACGGUCGUCAGCCUGUGCAUCAGCACCAUGCCGGACCUCAGAGAGGAGGAAACAAGGGGCGAGUGCUCCCAAAAGUGUCGAAACAUGUUUGUGGUGGAGUCCAUCUGUGUGGCCUGGUUCACUUUAGAACUGGUGCUGCGAUUUGUCAACGCCCAGAGCAAGCUGGCCUUCGCCCGCGGCCCGCUGAACAUCAUCGACGCCGUAGCCAUCCUUCCGUUCUAUGUGUCCCUGAUUGUAGAGAUCCGAGACGAGUCGCAGGAGGAUGCCAGCGGCGGCUCUAGCAGAGGCUACCUGGACAAACUGAGCCUCAUCCUGCGCCUGCUGAGGGCGCUGCGCAUCCUGUACGUGAUGCGACUGGCUCGCCACUCUCUGGGUUUGCAGACACUCGGGCUGACCAUGCAGCGCAGCAUGCGAGAGUUUGGCCUCCUGCUGCUCUUCGUCUGUGUCGCCGUGGCCCUCUUCUCCCCUCUGGUCCACCUGGCAGAGAGCGAGCUUGCCCCGUUCGCCGCCACACCCCCCCAUCACAGCUUCAGCAGCAUACCAGCCACGUACUGGUGGGCCAUCAUCUCCAUGACGACGGUGGGCUAUGGUGACAUGGUGCCGCGCAGCAUCCCCGGGCAGCUCGUAGCUCUGACCAGCAUCCUGAGCGGGAUCCUCAUCAUGGCUUUCCCCGCAACCUCCAUCUUCCACACCUUCUCCCGCUCCUACCAGGAGCUCAAACACGAGUACAAGAGGCUGUGUAAGGAGGAGAGAGGAGCCGAGCUGGCCGCUGAAUCUGAACAGAGCUGGCCCAACGUAGAUCUUUCCCCUCGGCUAUGCGACCUCGAUUCUUUGUCCAGAGAAGAUCCCAGCAGGCCACCGGCUGACAGGAGCCAUCAGACCACGCUUCCAUCCACGACCUUCUGA